AUGAGUCAUCUUCCAGGAGUAUUGUUCUUCUGGAAAGAUUCGGAAAGACCAAUUGAUAUGAUACUUCUCCAGUCAGAUCAGUCUGAGAGUUUUGGUAAAGAAGAGCAUUUAUGCUAUUGGCAGAUCCGUUUGACUGGAAUAGCUGAGGAUAUUAUUUUAUCCUUCAGUCUUACUCUCAGAUUCAGCAGUAAUCAAUACUCAUUUACAAUAACAGAGAUUUUAAUAUGGUUGAAGUUGAAGAAGUUUUUAAGAGGAAGAAUUGAAGAUUUGAGAUUAGGAACGAAGAUUUGUGAGAACUUGUGUAGGUUUUGUUUAUUUAGAAAAGAUUUUGUAUCAAAGUUUGACAAGGUUCCUACACUGAACUACUACUGCUAUUUAUAUUAUUUUGGAUCAGAAAAAUUAUAUGACUGGGGUCAGUCCCAAUAA